AUGGCUGUAGUGAACGCUAAUUAUGAUUUUAUUUUUGUGGAUAUCGGCUGCCAAGGACGAAUCAGCGAUGGUGGCGUAUUACGAAAUACAUCGUUUUUUAAAAAAUUGGAUACGGAUGAAUUACUCCCUAAUACGAAUUUGUCGCUACCGUAUGUGUUUCUGACGGAUGAAGCUUUUGCUCUAAGCACAAAUAUUAUGAAACCAUACUCGGGAGUACACGAAAAAGGAAACGCCAAAAGAAUUUUCAACUACCGGCUUUCUCGAGCACGCCGAGUAGUUGAAAAUGUAUUUGGAAUUAUGGCAUCAGUUUUUCGCAUAUUUAGAGGACCAAUACUUCUAGAGCCGGAAAAAGUACAAGAAAUUACAAUGACUUGUGUAUUGUUACAUAAUUUCUUAAGAAGAAGCAAAUCUUCAAGUUCAUUAUACGCACCACCAGGUGUUUUCGAUACCGACAAUAAUGAUGGAAUGAUAGUUCCAGGCUCUUGGAGAUCUGAACAAAAUGAUUUAGGUUCCAUGUUCCCAUUACAAAGAGUGCCAAGAAGAUCCGGCCUCGACGCAAAAAUGGUUAGAGACCAGUUCUCUGAAUAUUUUGUGACAAGUGGAAAAGUGGCAUGGCAAGAACGAGUUUAA